GCAGCCCCGGCCGGCGGGCGCGCAGCGAGCAGCGGGGCCCGGACGGCAGGGUCCCCUGGGGCCCCGGAGUUGGGAAGCGGCAUCCGGGAGCCCCCGGAGGAGGAUGGGCUGCGGACACAGCAGGCUGAGCUGCUGCAAACCCCGCAAAAAGAGGCGCCAAGGACCAGAUCAGUCACCCAAACCAGAGCUGCAGGAACUGGGUCCCCUCAAUGGCGAUACAACCACGACUGCCCAUCUCUGUGCAUCGGAGGAGGCUGAGCAGCACCAGAAGGCUCUCACCAGAAUUCUCCAGCAACACGAAGAGGACAAGAAGAAAUGGGCACAGCAGGUGGAGAAAGAGAGGCAGCUAGAGCUUGAAGAGGCGCUCAACGAACAGCGAAGAGUCCUGGAGGGAGAGCAUGCGGAGGCCCUCCGAGUCCUCCAGGCCUCCUAUGAGCAGGAUAAAGAAGCCCUUACCCACUCCUUUCAGGAGGCCAAGGUGACCCUGCAGGAGACCAUUGAUGGACUGACCACACAGCUGGAGGCCUUCCAGGCCAAGAUGAAGAGGGUAGAGGAAUCCAUCCUGAGCCGAGACUACAAGAAGCACAUCCAGGAGUACGGGAGCCCCAGCCAGUUCUGGGAACAGGAGCUGGAGAGCUUACACUUUGUCAUCGAGAUGAAGAAUGAGCGAAUCCACGAGCUAGACAAGCGGCUGAUCCUCAUGGAGACGGUGAAAGAAAAAAACCUGCUGUUGGAGGAGAAAAUCACCACCCUGCAGCAGGAGAACGAGGACCUCCACGCCCGAGGCCGCAACCAGAUGGUUGUGUCAAGGAGCCAGGCCUGUCAUCAUUCCCAUGUUACAAGUUUGCCAAGAGUGAAUACCUCAUCCAGAGUCACACGUCUAAGUGGUGGAGCACAUCCGAACCCAGAGCUCUCUGCCUGCAGCUCUCGGAGGACCUGCUUCUCGCCCGCGAGGCCCUGGAGAAGGAGAGACAGUCACGGCUGCAGCUCCAGCAGGAGAAGGAGGAGCUGCUGUACCGGGUCCUCGGGGCUGAUGCCUCCCCCGCCUUCCCACUGGCCUCUGUCACCCCCACCGAGGUCUCCUUCCUCGCCACGUAGGGCCCGAGCCACCAGCAGGCCUGUGGUCACAGCUUUCUCUCACGGACCUGGCAGAGAAGACAGCAGGGGCCUCUUGUCCUCUUCCCAGGAGGGGUUGAGGGCAGGAGUGAGGUGGGGAGCCAGGGUGUGUGCCCAGUCAGUCCUGGGGGCUUGGGCCACGUAGAAUCACCCACAGGGCUUCAGAGACCCAGAGCAGCACCUUCCCUGGAGUUGGUGCAGGGGACAAGCAAGAGAAGCCCUUUCCUCCCUCCCCGUUCUCUCUGUUCAGAUCGGGGAGUUCUGAGGCUUUCUCCAGGAGCAGCCG